CUAGCCUGCGAAUGGAAGGCUCAGUUGAAAUUCCCUGACCUACUUCGCCAAGGGAACUUUUGUCCAUAAACAGGGCUUCCUGUUUCGGUAACAGACCACAGUUUAAAAUUGAAGCAUUCCGGGAGGCUGCAAAAUAACUUCCCCAUAUUGCCCCCGGGCCCGCCUCUAUCACAUGUUACGUGUAAAGCAGCUUGCGUCCCUUCACGCUCGCAACUCCAUGUUUCAAAGGUCACGUGUCGGUCAGGCAACCCCUUCACGCGUGUCCAAAGAACGCCUCUCCAGAAACGUGUGGUGGGCGGAACUACACGUGUCCUUCGACCGAAUAAGUUUACCCUUCUGCCCUCCUCCUCCGCCCUGACCCUUUCAUGUAUGUGGCUGGUCAGCCCCACCUCCCUCCCCGAAAUUUGAUUCACAACAUCUCUGACUUUGAAGAAUCUGCGAGAAAAUUCCCGAGCAAGAACAGCAAGAGGAACACGGGCCUGCCUCUGUUGGAUGUACAGUAUAUUCCUAAAGCGAGCGGUAUUCGUGAGAACGAAGAACCACCUUUCGUCUCGCCCUCACCCGGGCCUCCCGGUCCUGACAAAGUUCGUGCUUCUGAUGCAGUCUCUGCCCCGUUACUGAAUUCACAGCAAGAUGUUAUAGCUGCAAAACAAGAUCCCCAUGCUUCUCUUGAUUCUGCUCUUGUGCAGUUUGUACCCAGCAUCCGUUCAGGCAGUUAUGCUGACAUUGGGCCGCGGAGAUACAUGGAAGAUGAGCAUAUAAUGAUAGACGAUUUGUCUUCUCACCUGGGAUCACUUUAUAAGUUCCCUAAACCAAGUGCAUUUUAUGGGGUGUUUGAUGGUCAUGGAGGAUCUGAAGCUGCAGUUUAUGUCCGAGAAAAUGUAAUAAGAUUUAUUUUCGAGGAUGCCAGCUUCCCACAAUCAUCUAAAGUUGAUAAUCUUUUCUUACAAGAAUUAGAGAACUCCCUCAGGAAGGCAUUCCUUUUGGCCGACUCAGCCUUGGCUGAUGAUCGUAGUGUGAGCAGCUCAUCAGGGACCACGGCACUUACAGCUUUGAUAUUUGGAAGGCUUCUGAUGGUGACCAAUGUGGGUGAUUGUCGAGCAGUUCUUUGCCGUAAAGGGGAGGCAAUUGACAUGUCUCAAGAUCACAGGCCUAUAUAUCCAUCGGAACGGAGGCGCGUUGAAGAAUCAGGUGGUUACAUAGACGAUGGCUAUCUUAAUGGGUUGUUGUCGGUUACUCGAGCUCUAGGGGACUGGGAUAUGAAGCUUCCACGGGGCUCUCCCACACCUCUGAUUGCAGAGCCAGAGUUUCGGCGAGUGGUUCUGACAGAGGACGAUGAAUUCCUCAUCAUAGGAUGUGAUGGAAUUUGGGAUGUCAUGUCCAGUCAGCAUGCGGUGAGUCUUGUUAGGAGAAGCCUGAGGCGGCAUGACGAUCCGGAGAAGGGUGCCAGAGACCUAGUCAUGGAAGCUUUGCGACUGAAUGCUUUUGACAAUCUCACAGUCGUUGUUGUGUGCUUCACGCCCCCUGAUUACAGGGAACUAUCACCCGCUCAGAGGUUGACACGUUGUAGCCUCUCUACAGAAGCACUUGGUUGCUUGAGGAGUUUGUUGGAAGGCAGUGCUAGCAACUGAGUUGAUGCAUAUACAAUUCGUCAAAUAGUGACAUUUUGGAGGUUUCAUUUUCUGUUUUUAGCUGCUUCAGAUUGGAUAACACGAAUAGCAGCAACCAUUUUUUGGUCCGGUGUCGGUUGCAUAGCUUAGGAGGUGGUUGACGGCGGUGUAAAUACCAAGUUGAAAUUAUCCAGUUUUGUAUGAAUUUGUAGUAUAUUUCGGAGGAUUUUUUUUCUGUUCUGAACACCUCGGUCUUAUUCACCCCUUGUUGGAAUGCGACUUGGUUGCAAGGCUCGAAUGUAAGCUGAAAAACGUGGGUUAAAUAAAAAUAAUAUAUGCUGUAACUAGAA